AUGCCAUUGAGGGACACGCCCUCUUGCCUAGAGGAGCUGUCUCUGCCGAGACUCGACAUGGUGAAGAUCGGACAGUGUGGUAUGGAUAUGAUCACGGACCGUUUGUCUGCAUCCCUGUUACGCCUGGAUCUGUCUAACCCGGAGGGAGUGUGUCCUUCACCAGCAAAUCUUUCUAAAUUGACUCGUCUGAAAGCACUCAACUUGACGGGGUGGUCAUCUACAGCAGAGGCGCUCGUAUCAGCGCUGAAGAGUCUCAACGAGUUGGAGUUCCUCGACUUGUCCGAUACAUUGAUGGACGAUGCGGGUCAGUCUGCACCAUCGACUCCCACUCGGGCUGUGACCCGUAUACAGGAUUGUCACUUCUCGCCGUGA